GUUGUAAGCUGGAAAACGGCGACAGUUUGCCAACGGCUACGUAGCGCGAAAUAUUAAAAAAAAAAUCUGCUGAACAGACUGAUUCUAUAGACAUUAAAGGAAGUCGUGUGCAAAAAAGUGAUAGAAAUUUUUAAAAUAAUCCAAAGACAAAAUAUUAUAAAACUACAAUAAAGUGCUUGUGAAUACAUACAUACAUACAUACGUACAAACAUAAGAGUACAUAUUUUUCUAAAAUUAUGAUUUGUCCAAAGCGCACUGCGGAGUUAAUUACACUCCAUUUGGCGCCCUUCAAGGACACCGAUCCUGCAUGGGAAAUAGGUGUUUCUAAAAUUGCUGGGCGUGGCAUUUUCGCCACGCGCGACCUCAAACGCGGUGAUGUGAUUUUUCGCGACAGUCCACUGCUGAUCGGUCCCGCGGCACGCGGCGAGGAUACGCUUAAUUCGUGUUCGGUGUGCUUUAAAAUGUUGCCUGAUACGAAGUUUAUGUGUCGCCAAGGUUGCGGUUUGCCCGUCUGCUCAUUGUGUGGCAAAAAACAACAACACAAAUCCGAUUGUGAACUUUUCAAAUCGUGGAAACCCAGUGAACCGGAUGUGGCAAACUCUUUGCUCAUUCGUUUGCUGUGUGUCGGGCGUGCCAUCAAGUUGGCGAAGGAGCAACGCGAUCUAGUUUACUGUCUGCAGGCAAACUUAGAUAAUAAUCAUCGCACUGAAGUGCGUAAUGCCGCCAAAGGAUUCAUGGAGUUCCCCACCGAUAAGAAACUAAUUGAAAUUAUGAAUCGUACUGUGGCAGUAUUGCGCACGAAUGGAUUCGAUGAGACCGCCGAUCGCACCAAUGACAAUCAGGAGUUUCCUCACCGCGCGCUCUACCCAUUAUUCGCUAUCAUGAAUCACGAUUGCAUUCCCAAUUCGUAUUAUACGUUCGAGGAGAAGACCAGAAAUAUGGUGGUGCGUGCCUCAGUUGAUAUACCAGCUGGUAGUGAAAUCACAACAACCUACACAAAAUUAUUCACCGGAAAUAUUGCACGACAUUUGUUUUUGAAAAUGAAGAAAGGAUUUACGUGCAAGUGUCCGCGCUGCUCUGAUCCAACAGAAAAAGGCGCCUUCGUUUCUGCGCUCUAUUGUCGCGACACCAAUUGCACUGGGCUGGCAGUGCCUGAGAUCACCGGUCUGCCGCAUCCCAAUUGGAAUUGCCUGGUUUGCAAACAAAAAUCGACGCAUGCGCAAAUGGUGAAGGCGCAGGACUUUGCAUCUGGUGCCAUAAGUUCCAAAUUCAAUUCGAAGUCACUCAAAUCGGUGAUACUGUAUUUGAGAGACAAAAGCGCUAGCUUUAUACCCGAUAGCAAUUAUGCCGUAAUCGAUGCCAAGUUACAGGUAAUAGCGCGUCUGGCGAAGCGUCGAGAGGAUUGCGGCGAUGAUGAGGUGACGGCAAAGGCGAAGUUUUGUGAAGACAUAUUGGAGAUUAUGGACAAGCUGGGUUUGGGCGAUUGUUUGAUGCGUACGUACUUGGAGACGGAGAAGGCGAAGGAGGUGAAGUAAGCUGAUGGUCGGAGGCCGCCAAGACAUCCGAAACGGAGGGGAAAAGAGGAAGCGAAGUGCGACCAAGAGCACUUACGUAUGUGUUGCAGAUACUUGACGAAUAGAUAGCGAUUUUGUAGCAGUGGAAAGAUAUUGCCAUUAUGUUUGAAAAUGCAAGUGAUGAAAGUAAUUGCUUAAAGAAAAA